AUUCAAAAGCCAUGAAAAUAAAGACAUCGUAAAAUGAGCUAAUGAUAGAUUGAGGUUAAUAAAUAAUAAGUUUAGAAAAUGUUCUUCAAAUAAAUCUCGUAAGAAAACUCAGAAUAAUAAAAUUAGGUUCCGUUGAGAGGAAAAGAUAAUAAUUGCAGGAAAAAUUGAAACAAAUAAAUGAAAAAGAGCAGUUUUACCACAAAAAAUUAUUAAUGUCCAAGAAUUUAGGUACAUAAACUAAUAAGAAAAAAGAAAUAUUUAAAAAAUAAAAGCUUGAAUUAUUAAUAAUUGACUUAAAACUAAUAAGAAAUAAUAAAUAUGGAAUAUGAAAAAAGUUAAUUAGCCUAGAAGGAAUAAAAUUUUAUCUAAUUAAGAAUUAGAACUGCAUUAGAUGCUAAAAAGUAUAAAAAAAAAGUGAAGAUACCUAAAUCAUCAUAACAGAUUCCAAUUCACGAAAAUUCUUUUGCUAAUUAAGUAAGCAGCAUCAAUUUUGAUGUAGGAAGUAAUAAAAAAGACUUGAAGAAUGUGGAUUAUUUUCAUUGA